AUGGAAUUCACGUGGCUCUACUCCCUGUGCCAGUGUAUCGUCUGUGUCUCUGUAAUUGUGGUGAGUGUGAGGUUGUGUAUGGCUGGCAGCGGCGGCGGCGCAGCGGUGGAUGUCCAGGAGGGGCCUCAGGGUGCAAGACCCUACGGCGGGAGUGUCUCGUCCUGCCUCCGGCUCUGUCUGGGCUGGGCGGGGGCUUUGGGGGGUGCAGUGGGGGUUCCCGUGUCUGUGCUCCUCAACCUGCGAUCCCCCCAGUGUCUGUACACAUGUAUCACGCUGGUGUGUUGCCCCCUGCUGGUCAGGCAGUUUACCAUGUGCCUGUUACUGCUGCUGACCCUGGACGCCCACCUGCAGCAUCACUUGGCAAGCAGGUACACCUCAGCGGUGACCCGUCAGCGGGCUCUAUGUGUGAUCCUGCUGUGCUGGGUGGGCUCUAUCCUGUCCUCCUUCGGCCAGUUCAUCGGCUCAGAUGUCCUGCACCACUGGGGCAGCGAUGGCACCGGCCAAGAUGGGAGCACAGCUGGCCUAGGGCUAGACGGCAACUGGACGACCUCCUCUCCCCCUACGUCCCCGCACUCCAAGUACCCCCAGGAUCUCUUGGUUAUUGGGAAGUACCUCCCUUAUGGAGGCUUCCUGUCCAAGUUUUACGUGGAGGACAUGCACAACUUCACCUAUGCCGAGAUUCACGGCAGCCACUGGGGAGUGUGUGCCCCCGACACAGUUCUUAGUCCUCAGUUCCUGGUCUACGUCCAUGGAGUGACAGUAUUCCUGCUUCCUUUGCUUGGACUGCUAGCCAUCUACCUGGACCUGUUGUGUAUGAAGCCCCGGCAGUCCCCCUUUGGUCUCUCAGAAACCCCUAAACGUGAUCCAUCCCAGGUCCGUUCCCUGGCUCUGUCGCUCUCCCUGCUAGUUCUCCUGUGUCUGCCGCUCCACAUCACCCACGCCCUUCUGCUGUUCACCCCAAGCACCAGGCCUCCCAUCUGGGCGUAUUCGGUUGCCACGUUCCUUUCCCAGCUGUACAGCCUUGUGCCCCCACUCCUUUUCACCCCUGCUAAGAAACAAGCGGGAGGGGAACAGGCAUCCUUCCCUGUUUCCCUUCCCCACCUUCCACCUGCGGUAACCACCUCCAGAGGCAAAGCUGUUCGUAAGGCUUUGUGUGAAGCAGUGCAAGUGGCUCCCUGGUGCUCAGCCAAACGCUCCUUCAAAGCCAAAGUGUGCCCAGGAGUUUGA